AUUCCCGCUAUCAAAGAGAAGUUUAACGCAGAGAUAGAGAAGAAACUGAAAGAACGAGGGUGAUCCAAGAAGAAGAUGGCGAUGCAAAUAGCGACACCGGCCCCUGCACCGAUCACAGCACCGGAGAUAAACAUCAUCCUCACGCCAGCAAAGACGGAGACUCACAAGAAGAACAGGAUUCAAGUUUCCAACACGAAGAAGCCACUGUUCUUCUACGUUAAUCUCGCCAAGAGGUACAUUCAGCAACACAAUGAGGUUGAACUCUCUGCACUCGGAAUGGCAAUUACGACGGUUGUAACAAUCUCUGAGAUCUUGAAGAACAAUGGAUUGGCUACAGAGAAGAAAGUGUUGACAUCCACUGUGGGAAUGAAGGAUGAGACCAAAGGAAAGAUGGUUCAGAAAGCAAAGAUUGAGAUUGUGUUGGGGAAAUCAGACAAGUUCGACUCUCUGGUGCCACCUGUGACCAAUGGCAAGACCCCUGAGGAAGUAGCUAAAGCAGAGACCGAGGCGGCUGUUGAAGUACAAGAAGCUGCAGCCACCCAAGUCUAGGACUGAUCCUGCUAACCACAUAACAAUGCUUGUUCCAUCUUUUUUUUUAAUAUGUUUGUUGUUUUUGUUUCAGUUGUGACAAUUCGAACAUAAUACUCUAGAUAUGUAAUAUAAUAAAUAAAAUGAUGGUUGA